AUGUACAAUCCUAUUAAAUCUCAUAUCACAACUAAAUGGAUAGACUCUGUUAAUAUUAAUUCUGUUUUAGAAGAAUACCCAAGGCCACAACUAAGAAGAAAAGAAUGGACUAAUUUGAAUGGGAUUUGGAAAUAUCAAAUAACUGAUAUUAUUGAUGGUAAUAAAGAAUCUGUUGACUUUCCUAAAGAGUUUAAUGAAAAUAUUCUUGUGCCAUUUGGACUAGAGUCUAGUUUGUCUGGAGUAGCAAAACAUAUUACAGAUAAACAAUUAUUAUGGUAUAAAAAACAAGUGCAUUUGGAAUGGAAAGGAAAAAAGCUAAUUCACUUUGGUGCUGUUGAUUAUGAAGCUACUGUAUAUGUAAAUAGAAAAGAAGUUUUCAAACACAUUGGAGGGUAUUCUCCAUUUGAAGUUGAAAUAAACGAAACUGACUUUGAACUUAUUGUAAAAGUAUGGGAUCCUACAGAUAGUUAUGACCAACCACGAGGAAAACAAGUAAAUCAUGCCAAUGGAAUAUGGUAUACUCCAAUCACUGGUAUUUGGCAAACUGUUUGGGUUGAACCAGUUCACGACCAAUAUAUUGAUUAUAUUCAAUGUAUUCCAAAUAUUGACUGUCAGUCAAUGAAAGUUCUUAUUGAUUUUAAAGGUUGUGAAAGUGAUUCAUUUACUAUUGAUAUUAUUAAAAAUAAUAAUGUCAUUAUUUCUCAACAUUUAAAAGGAAAAGAAAAUAUUAUUUCACUUCCAUCAGAUAUGAAAUAUUGGACUCCUGAUACACCAGAGUUAUAUGAUGUAAAAGUGUCAUUAGAUAGUGGUGAUAGUAUCUUUACAUAUUUUGGUUACAGAAAGUUUUCAAAAGGAAAUUAUAAAGGAUUUCCUUGUUUUGAAUUAAAUAAUAAACCUAUAUUUGUCUUUGGCUAUCUUGAUCAAGGAUAUUGGCCCGAUGGACUUUAUACUGCACCAACAGAUGAAGCCUUAAAAUCAGACAUAUUAUUUGCAAAGAGUACUGGUAUUAAUCUUUUAAGAAAGCAUGCUAAAACAGAGUCUGCUCGUUGGUACUAUCAUUGUGACACUAUAGGAAUUAUUGUUUGGCAAGAUAUGCCAUCUCGUGUUGCUGAUACUUCAAAUUGGAAUGAGGAUGAAUUCAAUGAGCAAGAAAAAGAGAUUCCAAUAGAGUCUAAAAGAAGAUUUAUUAAUGAAUGGAAUGAGAUUAGAAAAUGGGUUGGACUUUCUCCAUGUGUUGGUUGUUGGAUUCCAUUUAAUGAAAGUUGGGGACAAUUUAACACUAAAGAGAUAUGUGAACUAAGUAAAGAUGAACAACGUUUGGUGAAUGAUGCUAGUGGAGGAAAUCAUUUUAAGAAUGUAGGAGAUAUAUGUGACUGUCACAGUUAUCCUAAACCAAGAAUGAGAGUAUUAGAUGAUAGAAUUAGGGUUGUUGGAGAAUAUGGAGGUAUUGGUAAAAGUAUUCCACAACAUACAUGGAUAGAAUCUAAUUGGGGAUAUAUUCAAAGUGAUAAAAUCGAAGAUACGUAUGAAGAAUAUAUUAAGAUGCUUGUUCAAAUUGAAGGACUUGCAGGAGCUAUUUACACACAAUUAACAGAUGUUGAAACCGAAGUAAAUGGACUUCUUACUUAUGACCGUGCUGUAGUUAAAAUUGAUGUUGAACGAAUCAAACAAAUUCAUCAAUGGUUGUAUAACCAAAUGAAAUAA